AUGUCUUGGGAUAACGAGAUUGUGAUGCGUGAUGUCACGAACGCCUGCCUCGUCGUGAGUGAUCGAAUAGGCCGAGAAGUUGCUACUCAGCUCGACCUCGAAGAAGCCCUGGAAGCUUCUAGAUAUGCUAGUCAUCCCUACUCAACUCAUCCCAGAGAGUGGCCUCCUAUGGUUGAAUUGGUGGAUACUUGGGAGUUGCCUCAAGUGCUCAUUGAUCGGUAUAAUGCAGCCGGUGGGGAGGGAACUGCUUUAUGUGGAAUUUUUCCGGAGAUACGUAGAGCAUGGGCAUCAGUGGAUAACACUCUAUUCCUUUGGCGUUUCGAUAAGUGGGAUGGUCAAUGUCCUGAAUAUACUGGGGACGAACAAGCUAUUUGUGCAGUUGGCCUGGUGAAAGCCAAACCUGGCAUCUUUGUUGAGGCUAUUCAGUACCUUUUAGUUCUGGCAACUCCUGUUGAGUUGAUUCUUGUAGGAGUAUGUUGCUCGGGAAAUGGUGAUGGAACCGAUCCAUAUGCAGAGGUUUCAUUACAACCUUUGCCUGAGUAUACAGUACCAACUGAUGGAGUGACUAUGACAUGUAUUGCUUGUACUGAUAGAGGUCAUAUGUUCCUGGCUGGUCGUGAUGGCCACAUUUAUCAAAUGCAUUAUACGACUGGUUCAGGUUGGCAUAAACGUUGUCGUAAAGUUUGUCUAACUGCAGGUGUUGGAAGUGUCAUUUCAAGGUGGGUUUUGCCAAAUGUAUUCAAGUUUGGUGCAAUUGACCCAAUUGUUGAAAUGGUUGUUGAUAAUGAGAGGCACAUAUUGUAUGCGCGUACUGAAGAGAUGAAAAUUCAAGUCUUUUCUCUUGGAGCAAAUGGGGAUGGAUCACUUAAGAAGGUGGCAGAGGAGAGAAAUUUAAUCAAUCAGAGGGAUUCACAUUAUGGUGGUCGGCAGCCAGCAGGAUCAAGGGCACCUUCUCGAUCGGCUAAAACAUCUAUAGUUUGUAUUUCACCUUUAUCUACAGUAGAAUCGAAGUGGCUUCAUCUUGUUGCUGUUUUAUCAGAUGGCAGAAGGAUGUACCUUUCCACUGCUCCAUCAAGUGGAAACAAUGGUGCUGCUGGAGGUUUAGGUGGAUUCAGUACUAAUAGUCAGAAAGCAAUCUGCUUAAAAGUUGUAACAACCAGGCCUUCUCCUCCUUUGGGGGUGGGUGGUGGGCUUUCCUUUGGGGCCAUAUCUCUUGCUGGUAGAUCUCAAAAUGAAGAUCUAUCAUUGAAGAUAGAGUCAGCAUGUUAUUCUGCUGGAACUCUUAUCCUUUCUGAUUCAUCCCCGUCAACCGUCUCUUCCCUUCUGAUUGUCAACAGGGAUACAAGCACACAAUCAUCUUCAUCUGGUAGCUUAGGAACUGUUACAAGGAGUUCUCGAGCCCUGCGGGAAUCUGUAUCUUCCCUACCCAUUGAAGGUCGAAUGCUCUCUGUGUCAGAUGUUCUACUGCACCCAGAUACAGCAGCCACUGUGCAGUCACUAUAUUCUGAGAUCUGUGGAUUUGAUAACUCAGGGGAAUCCUGUGAAAAGGCAGCUGUAAAACUUUGGGCUAGAGGAGACCUUGCAACCCAACAUAUGCUACCAAGAAGGAGGAUUGUUGUGUUCAGUACCAUGGGCAUGAUGGAAAUAGUUUUCAACAGGCCAGUUGACAUCCUGAGAAGGAUGUUUGAGUCCAAUUCGCCCCGAUCAAUACUGGAGGAAUUUUUCAAUCGUUUUGGAGCUGGAGAGGCUGCUGCAAUGUGCUUAAUGCUAGCUGCAAGGAUAGUCCACACUGAAAACCUCAUAAGCAAUGUGGUUUCUGAGAAGGCUGCUGAGGCUUUUGAGGACCCAAGAAUGGUUGGGAUUCCGCAACUUGAAGGUAGUGGUGCAUUGUCAAAUAGUCGAACUGCUGCUGGGGGAUUUAGCAUGGGGCAGGUUGUUCAAGAGGCAGAGCCUGUUUUUUCAGGUGCUCAUGAAGGGCUCUGCUUGUGCUCGUCAAGGUUACUUUUGCCUUUAUGGGAGCUACCUGUUUUUGUCACAAAAGGCAGCAUAGGUUCUUCGGAUGCAAAGGAUGAGAACGGAAUAAUUGUGUGCAGACUCUCUGUUGGGGCAAUGCAAGUCCUUGAAGACAAAAUUCGCUCUCUAGAGAAGUUUCUGAGAUCCAGAAGAAAUCAAAGAAGGGGACUCUAUGGUUCUGUUGCUGGUCUUGGAGACUUUACAGGUUCAAUUUUGAUUGGAACUGGUUCAGAUCUUGGUGCCACUGACAGAAGUAUGGUACGGAAUUUAUUUGGUCCUUACUCUCGAAAUGUUGAAUCUAAUGAAGGUGGCUCACUUACUAAAAGGCAGCGGCUUCCCUAUAGUUCUGCAGAACUAGCUGCCAUGGAGGUGAGAGCAAUGGAAUGUAUCAGGCAGUUGCUCCUCAGAUGCGGUGAAGCUCUAUUUUUGCUCCAACUUCUUUCGCAGCAUCAUGUCACACGUCUGGUUCAGGCCUUGGAUGCGAAUUUGAGGCAGGCAUUAGUUCAGCUGACAUGCCAUCAGCUAGUAUGUUCCGAGGAUGGUGACCGACUUGCUACGAGGCUUAUAUCUUCGCUGAUGGAGUAUUACACAGGUCCUGAUGGUAGGGGAACAGUAGAUGAUAUUAGUAAUAGACUACGGGAUGGUUGUCCUAGCUAUUACAAGGAGGCUGAUUACAAAUUUUACUUAGCCGUGGAAUGCCUUGAGAGAGCUGCUGUUACUUCCAAUAGUGAGGAGAGGGAAGAUCAUGCUAGAGAGGCCUUCAAUUACUUAAGUAAAGUUCCGGAAUCUGCAGAUCUGCGAGCUGUUUGCAAACGUUUUGAGGACUUGAGAUUUUAUGAAGCUGUAGUUCGCUUACCUUUGCAAAAGGCACAGUCCCUUGACCCUGCUGGUGAUGCUUUCAAUGAGCAAAUAGACGUAGGAAUUCGAGAACAUGCUCUUUCUCAGCGUGUGCAAUGUUAUGAGAUUGUCAACAGUGCUUUGCGUGCUCUGAAAGGUGAAACCUCACGGAGGGAAUUUGGAUCUCCUAUUAAACCUGUUGCACAAUCUGUCCUUGAUCCAGCCUCGAGGAAAAGAUUUAUUUGCCAGAUUGUUCAACUUAGCGUGCAAUCUUCAGAUAGAGUUUUUCACGAGUAUCUGUACCGGACAUUGAUUGAUUUGGGCCUUGAAAAUGAAUUGCUGGAAUAUGGAGGCCCAGAUUUGGUGCCUUUUCUGCAAAGUGCUGGUCGUGAACAUAUACAAGAGGUCCGGGCUGUUUCUACAAUAACGUCAGCAGUUUCUCCACUGGGUCAUUCAGGAGUAUCUAUUCCAUCUAAUCAAGCAAAGUAUUUUGAGCUUCUAGCGAGAUAUUAUGUCUUGAAGCAGCAGCAUGUUCUUGCAGCGCAUGUAUUGUUAAGAUUGGCCGAAAGGCGCUCUACUGAUGUUGGGAACGUCCCUACACUGGAACAGAGACGUCAAUACCUGAGUAAUGCAGUUCUGCAGGCAAAGAGUGCAAGCGACCAUGAUGGUCUAAUAGGUCCUGGUCGAGGUGCUUUUGACAGUGGCCUGCUGGAUUUGCUUGAAGGGAAGCUUGCUGUUCUUCAAUUUCAAAUAAAGAUCAAAGAUGAAUUGGAGGCUAUAGCCUCCAGGUCAGAGGGUUCUCCUAGCAUAUCUGAAUCUGUCCCAAGUGACUCAUUACCUGAUUACAGCCGCUCUACUGAUGCCAGUUUGGCGCACACCAUACAAGAAAAGGCCAAGGAGUUAUCAUUGGAUUUAAAGAGUAUCACUCAAUUAUAUAAUGAAUAUGCAGUUCCAUUUGAGCUGUGGGAGAUAUGUCUGGAAAUGCUGUAUUUUGCAAACUAUUCUGGUGAUGCUGAUAGUAGUAUUGUAAGAGAGACUUGGGCUAGACUCAUUGAUCAAGCUAUUUCAAGGGGUGGCAUUGCUGAGGCUUGUUCAAUUCUAAAGAGGGUUGGUUCCCACAUCUAUCCUGGAGAUGGAGCUGUUUUACCUUUAGAUACACUAUGCCUUCACCUUGAGAAGGCUGCAAUGGAGAGAUUGGUUUCAGGGGUUGAAUCGGUUGGAGAUGAAGAUGUUGCAAGAGCUCUUCUAGCUGCUUGCAAGGGUGCAGUCGAACCUGUAUUGAAUGCUUAUGACCAACUACUAUCCAGUGGAGCAAUUGUGCCAUCGCCAAGUUUAAGGUUACGCCUUCUCCGUUCAGUACUGGCUGUGCUCCGGGAGUGGGCAAUGACACUGUUUGCGCACAGAAUAGGUACAAGUGUCACUGGGGCAUCUCUCAUUCUUGGUGGAGCAUUUUCGAUGGAGCAAACUACAGCUAUCAGCCAAGGAGUUCGUGAUAAGAUCACUAGUGCAGCAAACAGGUAUAUGACUGAGGUGCGGAGAUUAGCUCUUCCAAAGAACCAAACAGAGGGUGUCUACCAAGGCUUUCGAGAGCUUGAAGAGUCGCUUUCAAGUCCUUUUUCUUUUCAGCGGUUUUGAUCCUUCUUGCGAUGUAUUGUAUAAUGUACUUCUUUCUGCAUAUAUUGAUGCAAUAAGAUGUUUUAUCAUCACAAAUAUCAUCGAAUCACAUAUUUGCUCCCAUGUCAAAUGUAAGGUAGGGUUUUGCAGAAGCAUGUGGCGAUGAACAAAACACUCAGUUAUUUGGUUGCUUCAGUUGUUGCAUUAUGGCUGUGUCUGGAAGGACAUGCAAAAGAUAUGGAAAAGUGCUGUAGGAGAGGUAUGUUUCAUUGUGUAUGCAACAGUCUUAUUUUAAGCAGGGUCCCAAUGGUGCACAAUUUGAGGUGGAGAUGCUUGCACCCAAAUCUCUCUCUCUCUCUCUCUC